CCCGGGGACGAAGACAGAGCAGGCAGUCAAAAGGCUCAUAUGUGGCGAGCGGAGCCGAAAUCUGUGCGCAACUGGAUAAAAAAAGAGAGAAAAGUGGGGUCCGGAUGGAGCUUAAAAUAACAGGAAUAUUACAUGCUGGGUGUUUUCUCUUAAAUGGAUUACCAAAGGAAUAUGACAUUCAGUCGGAUUGCCCCAUUCAUGAGUGAAUUCGGACACACAAGGUAACAUCUCCACUAGAGUGAAACAGGAAGUGUCGUCUGUGAGCAGCCAUGGGCCAGAGAGCUGCGCUUCUGCUCAGUGAGCUGCUGCUGCUGCUGCUGACAGCCUCACGCACUCUCCUCGCAGUCAGCUUCCCCGAGGACAACGUACCCCUCGAUGUCGUUGACGCACAUUUUUCACGGAGGUACCCUGUGUUUAGAGGCAGGCCCUCUGGCAAUGAGUCACAGCAUCGCCUUGACUUUCAGCUGAUGACCAAGAUACAGGACACUCUGUUCAUCGCUGGCAGAGAUCAGGUGUACCUGGUCAGUCUGAGAGAAUCCUACAGGAAUGAGAUCAUUCCUUACCGGAAGCUAACAUGGCGAUCGGGCCCAGCUGACAGAGAAAUGUGUGCCGUCAAGGGAAAACGCAGAGAAGAGUGCCACAACUUCAUUAAAGUGCUGGUUCCUAGAAACGAUGACCUGGUGUUCAUCUGUGGUACCAACGGCUUCAACCCCAUGUGCAGAUACUACAGGCUGGAUAACCUCGAGUUUGAUGGGGAAGAAAUCAAUGGAUUGGCACGAUGCCCAUUUGACUCCAAGCAAACCAACGUUGCCCUUUUUGCUGAGGGGAAACUGUAUUCGGCAACUGUAGCUGACUUCCAGGCAAGUGAUGCUGUCAUAUAUCGCAGUAUGGGUGAUGGAUCAGCCCUGAGGACCAUCAAAUAUGACUCCAAAUGGCUGAAAGAACCUCAUUUCCUGCACGCAGCAGAGUACGGGAAUUACGUGUACUUUUUCUACCGAGAGAUUGCAGUAGAGCACAGCAAUCUGGGCAAGGUUGUGUAUUCUCGCGUGGCCCGGAUCUGUAAGAAUGAUGUUGGUGGGUCACAGCGGGUGCUGGAGAAGCACUGGACAUCUUUUGUGAAGGCGAGGCUGAAUUGCUCAGUGCCAGGGGAGUCCUUCUUCUACUUCGACGUGCUUCAGUCCAUCACUGACAUCAUCAACAUCAAUGGAGUUCCGUCAGUGGUGGGUGUGUUCACCACGCAGAUGAACAGUAUCCCAGGGUCAGCAGUGUGUGCCUUCUCCAUGGCCGACAUAGAGAAAGUAUUCUGGGGCCGGUUCAAAGAGCAGAAGACUCCUGACUCUGUGUGGACUCCAAUUCCAGAGGAGAAGCUGCCCAAGCCUCGACCCGGGUGCUGUUCAGGUCAUGGUCCAGCUGCGUCCUUAAAGAGCUCCAUCGAGUUCCCGGACGAUACGCUGCAGUUCAUCAAGUCCCACCCCCUCAUGGACACAGCUGUGCCUUCUAUUGGGGACGAGCCUUGGUUCACUAAGACUCGCGUCAGGUACAGACUGACAUCGCUGGCUGUGGACAAUGAAGCAGGACCUCACAAAAACUACACAGUGGUGUUCAUCGGGGCUGAGUCAGGGGUUGUCCUCAAGGUUUUGGCCAAGACCUCCUCUGUGUCUCUAAAUGACAGCCUGCUUCUGGAGGAGAUAGAUGCCUUCAACAGUGCCAAGUGCCUGUCUAACCAUGAGGAUGACAAGCGUGUCCUCUCGCUGCACGUGGACAAAGAAGCACACUGCCUGUAUGUCGCCUUUUCAAGCUGUGUCAUCCGUAUUCCCCUUAGUCGCUGUGAAAGGCAUUCUUCCUGCCACAAGUCCUGCAUUGCAUCAAGGGAUCCCUACUGUGGCUGGAAGACUCAAGGGGCGUGUGAGAGGAUACUGCCUGGUACUUUGACUGGAUAUGAGCAGGACGUUGAAUUUGGAAACACUUCCCACCUGGGAGACUGUCACGCGUUUUUGGGCACUACAUCAGCGCCAGAUUACAAAUCAUUUGGCGACCCUACCUCUGACAUGGAGUUUUCAUCAGCGCCAGUCACUGUCCACCCCAAUGGGCCCAUACUCCCCCCAGUACUCAUACCCACUCAGAGCCCCAGCUCUGGGCCUGAUCCAGAGCUCUACGGCUCAGGCUUUGUGCUGCAGGAUGACCCAGCCACCUCCCAUUCUUUAGACUCUAUCCCAGGGGGCCAAGAGGGUGUGUGGGAUAUCCAAGCAGGAGAGACCAACCAGAUGGUCCACAUGAACAUCCUCAUCACCUGCGUGUUUGCAGCUUUUCUCAUGGGUGCUCUCCUGGCUGGUCUGAUUGUUUUCUGCUACCGAGACUCAUUCCUCCGUAAGCCAAGACAUGUCCACAAGGAUGCAGAGUCUGCACCGUCCUGCUCCGACUCUAAUGGAAGCUUUGUCAAGCUCAACGGCCUCUUUGACAGCCCUGUAAAGGAGUACCAGACCAACAUUGAUUCUCCCAAGUUGUACACAAAUCUGCUGAGCAAUGGCAAAGACCUGAAUUCACCCAACGGAGACACCAAGACCAUGAUUCUGCGGGACGGCUGUCAGCCCCCUGAGCUGGCUGCGCUGCCUACACCUGAGUCUACUCCUGUGCUUCAGCAGAAAAACCUGCAGCCCAUCACAAGCCAGUGGGAAAGAGCUCAUGGAAAGGACAGUGGGCCUCGUAAGGAGUCCAACUCAUCAGCUAAGAGCCCUCAGUUCCUUCUUUCUUCUCCUGCUCCUCCCAACUCCAACCACCUUGCAUUGGGACACUCCCACAUCCCUAGUGCAGUUGUCCUGCCCAAUGCCACACAUGACCACUCCAACCAUGACAAUGGAGAUGAUACAUUGCCCCAUUCAUCUGAAAGGAGGUCGAAGAACCCAGAUUCUAAAGGAAGUAGGAAAGAGCAGAAAAAGUCGGUGGAUGCCAGAAAUACCCUAAAUGACCUUUUAAAACAUCUUAAUGACUCAGUGGCCAACCCCAAGGCCAUUCUUCAAGAAGCAUCAGGGCCUCGCCCAAGGCAACAGCUCACACUCGAGCCCAUGGAGGAACUGACUGAAUUACCCCCCAAGGUGCCCAGCCGUGAGGCUUCCUUGUACUCUCCCUCCUCCUCCCUACCAAGGCACAGCCCCACCAAGAGGGUUGAUGUGCCGAUGCUCGCCACUCCCACUACACCAACAGGCAGCCUGAGCAUGGGGGGCACCCUGGAGAGGCAAAGAGGGGGGUAUCAACUCCACCGGAGUGCCUCUCACAGGCACUCCUUAUCCACCUCACCAAAUGGGGUAACCAUGGGGGUGUCUGUGUCUCGCCAACACAGUAUGAACAGAGGGGGUUACAUGCCCCCAACACCCCCCUCCAGACUUGACUCACAAGGUGGAGUGAUGGGUGCAGGAAUGCAUUCACCCCACCCAUCCUCUGCACCCCGACAGAGCAGCUACAGUGGUUAUGGCUCACUCCCUCGCACAGGGCUUAAACGGACCCCAUCGCUAAAGCCAGAUGUGCCCCCUAAACCCAAUGGGUUUUCACCACAGACUCCACAGAUGCGAGUGGUCAAUAAGUACAGUUAUUAAAAGAGUAGGACACUUCUGAGUGAGCUCUUGGCCUUGACUUUGAGCCCUGAGGGCUUUGGGGGGCUACGGAUGGGGUAGGCCCUAGUGUGUGUUUGUGUAUCGACUUGAGGUGUGUUCCCCCUUUAAAUCAUAUGCACAUUCACUCACACUAAAAAGGGAAAAUCACACAUGUGGCCAAAGAUACUCCAUGGGGCUUUUUUGCUCCCUACAUCCAUCUCCCUCCCUUAUCACGGUAGCCACAGGAUAUGAACAGUGGACAGUGGUGAAUCUGCUGCUCCCCAUUGUAUCUGGGUUGGGGUGUAGCCCGUUCCCAUAUUAGGUACAAGGUUUCGGACACCAGCUGGGGCCGCUACGGCGUCUGUGCGUGUGGUGCCAGGUUAAAAACAGUGGAAUACUUGAAGAAUGGGUCUCAUUUGUCACUGCCCUUGAGCACUGUCUUCCCACUAAUGUGAACUGAACAAAGAGGAGAGGUAGGCCAUGCCUUUGUACUAAGAUGGCUGGGGGCAGAGGAGAAAAAACUCAAAUCAUAGUUAGGGCGCAAACAGCUGAAGCAAGCAAACAGAGAAAAGGAGUGCAAGUGUGUGUGUGUGUGUGUGUGUGUGUGUGUGUGUGUGUGUGUGUGUGUGUGUGUGUGUUUGAUUGGAAAGCAGAUUGGUGUAAAGGCAAAACACAUAUUAGGCCUUCACACAUCAAGAGUGCUGCCACGUGCCAGAGGAUGCACCUUAAGACCUGUCUAAGAUCUAUGUCACCAUCUCUCAUUUAAAUAAUAUUAUCUCUUUGGUCUUGUUUGAACCCAUCUCAAUCGAGUCAAAAACGACUUUUGUGUCACUCUGUAGUGUUUUUGGUAAUUAGGUUAGGGUGAGGUGAAGUGUCAUGCGGGUGUAUCCUCGGAUAAGAGACUCUGUAACUCAUUGGGAAAUUUGGGAAGUACAUUUGCUGCUAUUGGUUACAGACAUAGGUGUUUGUCUUUGAUGCAUUAUAUCUCAACCAGACUGGGAUAGCCCUUUUUAUAUGAGUGUGCACAUCUGCUUGUGUGUGAGUAUGCGUGGGUUGUAUUGCAGAUAGAGGCAGAGAGUACAGUUUUCAGCAACCAAACAUACUGUUAAAACUGGGGGGAAAACGCUUGUCUCCAGGACUGAAACCUCCCAUAUCCUCCACUGCCCCUCUUGGAAUUAUACUGGUGGACUUCUUUCUUUAUGUAGCAAUGGUAUUAAGAACAAAACAUCCAUUUAUCAUCUCAUUAUAUAAAGGAAUUUUGAACAAAAUGAUUUGCCUUCAUGUUUUACUGUGUUAUUUAAAGAAUUUACCAUAUGAAACUAAAGCAACACCAAUGGUUUAGCCCAUGUUUAUGAAUUCAACAUUUCAGUGCACUUCUGUUCCGUUAAACAAGUGUGUCUAAUAGAAGAACACUAGAAUUUUCCUUCUACAUUAACCCUAUUAAAAGGUAUAUUCAACUGACCCUAGAACAAUACAUGGAUGUAACACCUCUGUCAUCUGCCAUGCUAGUUCUGCAGCCCGUUUUCCCUGUGCAGCUUCCCUGCAAGUGGCCAGUGUACAAUCAACACAACAACUUACCAAUGUGUCCAAAUGAGUCAUGCUGGGAAUGACAAGAUCCUGUAUAUACUUAAAUACUAUAAAUAAGGAGUAUAAAUAUUUUUAGGCAAGUGAACCUGAAUCUGUGCAUUGUGUGCCUUAUUCACAAAACUACUACAGUAUAUAAUAUUGGCAAUGUCAAUUGGUCCUCUGUAUGUUAUUGUCAUAUACUAUGUAAACAAUUUUUAUACAAGCAAUUUGAAAAUCAGCAGGAUGUGUUGGAAAAUCGCAACCAAAUCCAAACCGAAGUGAUGUGGAACAUAAAUUGACUUGACAGACAUUCCACUUGUAAAUGCUAGUCGUACAAAAAGGACAUUCAAAAAACAAUUAUUUGGGGUAUGAACCCAUUUUCUCCUUUACUGCCGGUGUUGAAAAGAAUGGUGUUAAUCCACCACAUAGAGGUGCCAUGCAGUGAAUGUAUUUUCUUGACAGUGGGAUGUAGGGUGGUUAGACCUUGCACUGUGGAGCAGUCGGCUCAACGCAGCACAUCCUGCCCACAGCCAAUGUAUUAACACAGUGUUCACAUGAAAGCCGUCUGUUGGCAGGGCGGUGGUCAUACAGAAUCUGUAAUUCCCCAGGAUUGCAGUGACAGGAAUAGUUUCUAUUGGCCAGCAGUGACGACUGAGGGAUAAUUUCUCUUAGGUACAUUAUUUGGGAGACAUCUGCUAUCCUAUCCGAGUGUCAGUUGCCUGUUUAGCCCAAAGCCACAUUUUGUUUACAAGUGAUGAUUGUAUGUAAAGACUUUCUGCCCGUCAUCUAACCAGUGUUUGGGCUCUCUUUUCUACUCGACACAUGCACACUGACAUCACAAACAUACACUCAGCAUACACUGCUCAACUGCCUUGUACAUUGCAAUAUGAACUGGGUCUUUCUGUUGCAAUCUAAAUUUAAGCCUUUAUAUUUCAGUCUGAGCUCUGUGUAUGUGCAGAUGAACCAGAUUUUGUCAUGUCAUUUUGAUUUAAAUACAGUGCAACAUGGCGAUGCCAGACCAGCUGUAUAUAUGAUCUCCAGAGUAUUUCAGCGUGUAGAUAUGUUGUAAAGUUGUACUGUGAAUGUGUAAAUAAUAAUGAUUGUCUUUGUUUCAUGAUAUUUUUUGUUGAUUUUUUUAACACGGCAUGUAUAGUUGAAAUAAAACAUUAUGGCACAGAAA